AUGAAGCAAACAAAUCAAAAUGGAAGUCAACGCAGAAUGUUCACCCCUGAAGAAGAUUUACUCAUUGUGACACUUAUAAAUGGAAAAGAAAAGAAAAAUUGGAAAGAGAUUGCAAAUUAUCUCAAUGGAAGGACACCUAGACAGGUUAGAGAACGAUUUCGAAAUUACUUAUCACCAGGAAUCGUAAAUGGUCCAUGGACUCGAGAAGAAGACGAAUAUUUAAAAACUCUUCAUCUUCAAUUUGGCUCUAAAUGGUCAAAAAUAUCUUCAUUUUUCAAAAACAGAUCAGAAAUAAAUAUUAAAAAUCGCUGGUCAUCCAUUUCAAAAAAUAAUCAAUCGAUGGAAACAAUCGAACCAGCAUCUAAUGUUCACAAAGAAGAGCACAUUAAGAUUGACAAUUCAACUUCAGAAUUUGACUUCGCAUUUGCUGACGAUUUCAAUAAUCCUAAUUCGCGAUAUGACUUAUUAGAUUUUUCAUUGUUUUAA